CAGAAACAAGAGUUUGAAACAGUUUUGGGUUUCCUUUUUCUUCUUCUUGUAAGCUUUUGGGUAUAUUGUCUUACAAGGGUUUUGUAUUCUUCUUGGAUUGGGUUAAUCCUUGAAGGGGUUGAGUGAGUUGAGAUUCACUUGUGAGGGUUUAAUCUUGCACCCGCAAGCAAGAGUUUGUUCCGGUUUAAUCUUGCACCCGUAAGCAAGAGAUUUCUAGUGGAUUGAACUCUCGACCACUUCCGGAGACAGUGUCGCUUGUGAAGGACAUUGUUGUGGAGUAUGUAACGGACUUGGCACAUAAAGUUCGGGAUAUUGGAGCAAAGAGAGGAAGGCUAUUAGUUGAGGAUUUUCUGUAUCAAAUCCGCUAGGAAAUGAUUUAAUUGGAAGAAAUACUACUUUUUAGAAGUAAAUUGAAGAGAUCAGAGACUUGAGGAUCAACUUGUGCAGAAUCCAAAAGUCAAGAACCAAAUCUGCUAUUUUACCAUUGAAGAAAUUGCAAAAGGAGAGCAGAAACCUGACACGGGUUUAGUGUCGACACAUGAUCGAGGAGUCGAUACCAUGCGCUAAACGUCCAAAAUCAUAUUCUGUUUCCUAUUUGGUGUCAACACGUAAUCCGAAGUGUCAGCACCACGUGAUCAGCAUCUAAAAUUCAGUUUCCUAUUUUUAUUCCAAGUCCUACUUCUAUUUCAAUUAGAGUUUCUAAAAUCCUAUAAAUACCCAUCUAAAUUUAGAAUGAAGAGAGCUUUGUGGAGGCUGGUGGCAGCCCUCUUUUGGGCAUUCUUGGAGGACCUGCCCAAACUUAACCGUUGUACAGAAUUGCUUUCAAUUCAAGAAGAGCUGAAACAAGCCGAGAAGGCUUUUGAGGUUGAUGAGGAGAAAUUGGCAACACUAGAGUAGCCCGACUCUCGCCCUACGUAAGAAAAAAGGGGAAAAAGGUGUAUGACUGGCUGUAUGUAAUUGGGUAUGCUAGUAAUUUUCUAUUGUGUAAUCAAUAAUUAUGCUGGUUUAUAGUAGAAAUAAAAUUUUAGUUUUAAA